ACUCGGAAACGCAGAGGGAGUUAGAGAGAGAGAUUGCUUGCUUACUUACUUACUUGUUAGCAUAGAAUCUACGAACAAGGCUUUUGGAGCAACACUCAUCUUUUUCGUGUUUCCGCAGUUAUUAUCGGAUGAGCCUAAGAAGACUCAAAGUAUUCAUCGUUAGCCUAUACCUAAAUGCACCGGAAGUUAACAACGGAAGAACUGCCUGUGUCGCCAUCGUUCCAAACUGUGGAAUACAAAGGAAUUUAGAGGUGGAUUAACCGUAGAGUUCAGACAUGAUGGACUCGGGAGUGGCCGUGGGAGCUGUGGCUGAACCGCACGCAGACAGCAAGUGUGAGCAGUCUCAUUUCCUGCAGGAUCAUAAGGAGGUGCAGGAGCACUCAUUGCAAUAUGAGGAGAGGAUAGCUGAGCUCCACAGCAUAAUUGCUGAACUCAACAAGAGGAUUGGCCUACUGCAGUGCACCACAAACAGAGAAAAGAGUGAAUUUUCAGAGUUGCAUUCCAGGCUUAACCACAGUAAUCAGGAAGCUACUGAAGAUUUGGACGAGGAUCAAGUGUCUUGUGUUUCUAUACCUGAAAAGCAGUCAGUGCUGGUCACUGCAGACAUAGAUAACUGCAGUGAUCUAAAUUUGGAGUUGCAACGGGUGCUGAUCGGCCUUGAGACUGUGGUAUGUGGCCGCAAGAAGAGUUCGUGCAGCCUUUCAGUGGCUGAGGUGGAUAGGCACAUUAAGCAGCUUACCACAGCCAGCCAGCACUGUGAUCUUGCCAUUAAGACUGUAGAGGAGAUCGAGGGGGCACUGGGCAAAGAUUUUUACCCAAGUCUGUGUGAGGAGCGUGUUCGAUGGGAGAUGGAGCUGGCUGGUUUGCAAGAAGAGAAUGAGAGUCUGACAAUGAUGCUGACCAGCAAAGAUGAAGAGCAUAAUCACACCAAAGCUACCAUGAGUGCCAUUCGUGAGGAGAGAGAUCGCCUCCGCUGCCAUGUGCGGGAGCUGCAGACUCGACUACAGAGUAUCCAGAGUGGUGGGGGUCAGUUCAGUCCAUGUUGUGUAAUCCCUGCCAGGCGAACCAUCAAUCUGAGCCCAGGCGAGCUCAGCACUAGUAACAGCAGCAAUGACAUCCCUGUAGCCAAGGUGGCUGAGAGAGUAAAGCUUUCCAAAACACAGUCAGAGUCAUUGGAACGAGCCAAGCAAGUCUCAGAUAUUACCAAUAUUGGGGUGUCCAGUAGUGUAGAAGAACAUCUGGCACACUCUCUGCAGGACUGCUCUAACAUCCAGGAGAUCUUCCAGACACUUUAUUCUCAUGGCUCUGCCAUCUCAGAUAACAGACUCCGGGAGUUUGAGGUCGAGACCGAGCGGCUACACAGUCGAAUUGAACACCUUAAGUCCCAGAAUGAUCUAUUAACCAUCACACUGGAGGAAUGUAAGAACAAUGCAGAGAGGAUGAGCAUGCUGAUGGGCAAAUAUGAGUCCAAUGCUACAGCUCUGCGCCUGGCUUUACAUUACAGUGAGCAGUGUAUCGAGGCCUACGAGAUACUGCUAGCUCUGACAGAGACAGAGCAUGGUCUGGUGCUGGGCCAAUAUAAAGUGGCUAGAGUCAGCACUGUGGAAUCGGCAAUAUUCAUGCACCUUCCAGGAGAACAAGGUAAUGAGGAAAGCGUGCCUCACUUGCUGAAGCAAGCUCACGACUACAGGAAGACUGCAGAGACCGCAGCUAAAGAUUUGCUAGUUCGACUGGAUGGCAGCUGUGGAGACCUUUUUACUGUCACUGGCUGCAAUGUGCAACCAUGGGAGAGUCUGUCCUCCAACAGCCACACCAGCACAACCAGCUCUACAACCAGCAGCUGUGAUACAGACUUCUCUAAAGAGGAUGAGCAGCGUCUAAAGGAUUACAUCCAGCAGCUAAAGAAUGAUCGAGCAGCUAUUAAGCUCACAAUGCUGGAGCUAGAGAGUGUGCACAUCGACACUCUGAGAUAUGACAUAAAACCAUGUGUAGACUCACACCGACUUGACCUGGAGAAUGCUGUACUUAUGCAGGAGCUCAUGGCUAUGAAGGAGGAGAUUGCAGAGAUGAAGGCUCAGCUUUAUCUGUUGGAGAAGGAGAAGAAGGCACUGGAGCUGAAGCUGAGCAGUCAGGAGACAAAAGAACAGGCAUACCUAGUACAAAUUGAGCAUCUGAAAUCAGAGUUAGAGGAGCAACAUGAACAGCGGAGAAGGUCACUCAGUUCUACAGGUAGCAGCACCAAGGACAAAAGUGCCAAGGACACUUCAGUGAUUAUAGUGUCAGAGCUGAGAAGCAUCAGUUACAGUGACCCUGCAGCAGAGCUAAAUAAUGCCCUCCAGAAAACAGAAAAGAGUCUUGCUUUACCCCUCACCCUGAGAGAUGGUGGGACCAGUCGAGCAGUGUGAGUAGCUCGGAGAGAGGUGACAAGCGCUUUGAGGUAAGAGGGAGCUGGUGCAUUUUUGGCUUUGUAGGUAGGAGUUUUGUAUCUGAUGUGUACAGCUACUGGAAGCCAGUGGUGGGAGCGCAGCAAUGGGGUGGUAUGUGAGAACUGAAAGCACCUAAGCAGCCUGUGUGGAUAAAAAUAGCCAAAUCCUUCUGAUAUUGUAGAGAAGAAACCAAAAUGAGCAUGUCAUUAGUAACACGAGAGGAAAACAGGCUGCGAGCCGAACAAAAGCCAUGAAACAUGAGGGAGGGAAGGAGAAUAUAAGUUGAGUGUCAUCAGCAUACAGUAGCAGUGGUAAGAGAACCCAUGUGAGAACUUCCCCAAGGGACUGAGUAAGUCAAUUUACAAGUCAAGAAGCUUUUAUUGUCAUUUCAACCAUAUAUAGCUGUUGCAGUACACAGUGAAAUGAGACAACGUUUCUUAGGACCAUGGUGCCACGCAAAACAAAGACAGAGCUAAGGACUUAUGUAAGUAGCCCUAGCCACAUAAAGUGCAUCUGUGAAACCUGGUGCAAACAGUGCAGGACAAGACAGACAGGACAGUGCAGGACAAAAGACAGUGCAAACAAAAAAAUUACAAGGCAAUACACAAAAGACAAUACACAAGAGACAAGGGAUGAUAGUAUUGAAUGCUGAACUAAAGUCUAUGAACAGCAUUUGUGUCUUUAUUGUUCAGGUGGGUGAGUUCUAAAUGAAGGGCCAUGGCAAUGGCAUCGUCUCUGGAGCGGUUUGGACGAUAUGCGAACUGUAGGGGGUCCGGUGAGGGUGGUAAAUGUGUCUUGAUGUCGGCCGUGGAUAGACAGAGUACCUGGUCGUCGGUGGGAGUGAUAGUCUUUGCUGUUACGUUGUUCUGCACCUCAAACCGAGCAUAAAAGUUGUUCAGCGCCUCUGGGAGGGAGGCAUCACUAUCACAGGCAGGUGAAGCUGUCUUGUAGUUCAUGAUCGCCUUAUGCCCUGCCACAUGCGCCUUGUGUCACCGCUGUCCUUGAAGUGGCUGUGGAUUGUCUGGGCAUGUGCGCGUUUUGCUUCUCUGAUGGCUCGGGACAGUUUGGCCCUUGCUGUCCUUAGGGCCAUCCUGUCCCCUGUUCUGAAGGCUAGGUCUCUAGUUUUCAGCAGCGCACGCACUUUAGCAGUUAUCCAUGGCUUCUGGUUGGAGCGUGUGGUGAUGGUCUUGGAGAUGGUCACGUCAUCAAUGCACUUGCCGAUCUGGCUGGUCACUGAUGCUGUGUACUCCUCCAAGUUGAUGGAGUCGCCGUUGGUUGCAGCCUCCCUGGAGAUGUUCCAGUCAGUGCACUCAAAGCAGUCCUGAAGAGCAGAGGUGGCUCCUGCUGGCCAGCGUGAAAAAGUAGUCACAAAGUCUACAUACUGAUGGAAUUUUGGGAGCACUGACUUGAGGUUUGCAUGAUGGAAAUCUCUGGCGAUGAUAAACAGUGAACAUUCUGCAGAUCGCUAAUAGCCCCGUAUAGCUCACUUAGCGCCUCUUUAUCAUUAGCGCUGGGGAGGAUGUAAACUCCGACAAUGAGAACUGUGGUGAAUUCAUGUGGUAAAUAAAAUGGCCUGAAUCUAACAGUCACAAACUCUAUUGAUGAUGAGCAGUAGUUAGAAACAAGCACAGAGUUCUUACACCAUUUUGUGUUGAUGUAAACACACACCACCACCGUGAGUCUUACCGCACAGAGCUGCAUUUCUGUCAGCUCUAAAUGAGGUGAGUCCAUCGAGCUGAAUGGCAGCGUCCGGAACUCUGUCGCUGAGCCACGUCUCCGUGAAAACAAAGAUACAGCAGUUUCUAAACUCUCGCCAUGUAGUGUGUUCGAGUCGGAUGUAGUCCAGUUUAUUGUCCAGGGAGCAAACAUUGGAGAGUAGAAAGGACAGGAGAGCCGGCCAGCUAGGGUUUGUUUUUAACCUAGCACGGACACCCGCCUGUUUACCGCGCUUCUGCUUCCUCACGCACCGCUUUUGGCGUCGCCUCUCCUGGUAUCAGGCGAUACUGAGGACUGAAGGCCUGGUCUCCGCAGCAAGCUGAGAUUGUGAAGCCUUUCCAGUACAUCAUUGUGCAGGUUGGUUGUUGCACGAUUUCGAACAUUUUGAACACCGCUGCCUCUGGUGUCCAUGUACUGGAAAUUGUCAGGCUAAAAAACGUAAAUAAAACCUUGACAUAAGUGGAGAUUCUGCUUAGAGUAGAUGUCGCUAUCCUCCAAUGUUAACUAAUAUGUGCAAACUUCCAGGUAGGAGGCAAACCAUUCCUAAUCUGAUCCACCAAUUCCAAGACUCCUGAAGGUGGAAAAGAGAGUCUUGUUGUAGUCCGUAUCAAACAACUCUGAAAGAUUGAGGAGGAAAGGACAAAUGAAAGCUUGGCUGAUAUACCAGCAUGUAGAUUAAAGUGUUGCUUUAAAGCCAGACUGGUUGGGAUCUUGAAGGUUGUUCUGCAAGAGAUAGACAGACUGUUGAUUAUACAAGAAUUUUUUAAAGGAAAGAAAGAAGUGAUACCAGUCUGUAGUUACUGAUAUCUAAUAAAUCCAGAGAAGGUUUCUUCAGGAUGGAAAUAACCCUUGCUCUCUUGAAGGUAGUUGGUACAUGACCCGAUGUUAGGGAUCCAUUUGUGAUCAUGGUGCAGGGUGUAGGUUGAUAAAUGUGAAAAUGAAGGAGAAGAGGAUUCCUGGCUGUGAAAUGUGGGUGUAGUUGGGGCAGACGUGAAUGUCUGGAAGAUUUUCUCAAUCUUCUCAGCAAAGUCUCGCAAAGUCCAGAACUCAUAGUAAGAUUUAUUCUGAAUUUAGGGGGAUAUUCAGCAUUUUCUUCCUAGUUUAGACAUCUACCAGUUCCCACCCAUCAGCCAGAUGUACCUAUCAUAUGACAGCUACCAACCAGGGAAAGAAAAUAUACUGCUGCUCAUACUCUGUAACAGUGCAGCAUAACACACUUGGAGGAAAAAUCUAUCUACCCUCCCCAGUAUGCAAGAGCUGAAAACCUAAUGUACAUUUGAAAUGGCAAAAAGAAUAAAUCAUAUUGACUACCCAUCCAGAGUGUAUUCCCACUUCAUGCCUAGCCUGCCUGAUGUCCAGUCUGCCUGAAAAUGGCUAGCUCUCAAUUUCUCUUCUCUAAGAGAAACAGGCAUAUAUUUUUGAGUCAUAUCUUAUGACUGAAAACCAACAAUAUUUAUCUAUACAUCAGACCAAUUUUAAUUUAAACCCAUUUAAUAUGAAGGUUUUUGACAGUGCCUUGUUAGAUUGAUUGGCCAGAACAUAUAUCAGAGCCAUUGCACAACCAUUGGAUAUAUAAAAUACAACAUUGUGAUAUGUCCAGAAAAGGAAACUAUAGAUCACUGUUUAUUUGCUGUGAGAAAAUGUGAACAGUUGUCUACAGAAAGGUGUGUCUGCU